AAAUAUAUAAAAAAUCUCGCAUUUCUGGAAAUGCCAUCCUUCCACCCCGAUUCUCAAUCCGUCCAAUCACCUGCCUUCUCCUCCACUUCAGUCAGCAUCACUUUCGCUCUUCUUUAAACACAGUCCGCUCACUCCAUCGCUGCCUCGCUUCUCUUGAGGAACCUUGAACAUUACUCAGACUAUUCCUAUUUAAUUUCUUGGAAUGCGAAGCUAUUCUGGCCUCCACUCACGGUAGCCUCCACCCUUCUACUCGCCUUCAAUAAUAAGCACCCCCAUAAACAUCUACAAUGUCGACAGCAGAAGUGCUUUCCCCGACAUCUCCCGUUUCCAUUAAUAUGGCUGCGAGCCCUCUCCCUCAUUUGCGCACCAGAGCAAACCCCACCGCUGUUGAUCAGGAUGGCAGUUUCCAGAUGGACAAGGUGAUCAAGAGUGGUUGGCUACUGAAGAGGACGCGCAAGACAAAGAACUGGAAACGCCGCUGGUUCGUCCUUCGUGGUGAUCGCCUUUCGUGUUACAAAGAUCAAAAAGAAUACAAAAUCCACCGCCAAAUCUAUCUUGCCGAGCUCACCGCCGUUGCCGUGCUCAAGGAUGCCAAAAAACCUAACGUCUUUGGGCUUUUCUCGCCAUCCAAAAAUCACCACUUCCAAGGUGAAUCGGCAGAGGAUACUACGGAAUGGGUGCAAUUGAUUAAAGGUCUUACUAGUAUCGUGGAAACUGAAGACGAAUUAUUUCUCAACUCUCCGACACAGCUACAUGACCCCGCGAAUCCCCUUUCUAGCCCUACCGCUUACAACCCUAAUAUGAGGUUGGGGUCUAGUUCUCCAGAGUUUGGCUCGAAUCCAGGGGCGGUCCAGGUUAGAGGAAUGGGAAGAGGCGGAAUUUCGACACACACUUUGGAAUAUUCAGGGGCGGAGGUUGGCUCUUUUUCAUCGGUGUCGGACGGCGCUAGGAUUUCGCAAUUGUCGCUCUCACACCCUGAUCCAGGGAUUGGUCCGAGCUCAGGAGCUGCAGGAGCUGGAGCCAGUGCCGAGCCUCCCCACCCUGGAGUUACGAGACAUGAGUCGGGAUUCUCCUCAGAUCACAUGGAUGAUUCCAGAGUGGUUUGGCACGGAUACCUCUAUUGUCUAAAAUCUAAGGGAGGUGUAAAGCAAUGGAAGAGAUAUUGGGUAGUAUUGAGAACUGUCCAUCUGGCUUUUUACAAGAACGAAGAGGAGUACCGAGCCAUCAAAAUAAUUCACCUUGAUUCAGUUGUCGAUGCCGUGGAAAUUGAUCCUCUCUCAAAAUCCAAGAAACACUGUUUGCAAGUUAUCACCGAAGGAAAGUCUUUACGGUUCGCAGCUGCAGAUGAAGAGUCGUUGGCCAAAUGGCUGGGCGCACUAAAAAGCACGCUUACCAAACGAGCAUUGAUGAAGACUGCUGCAGUCACCAGUCCCACAACAGCAAAUCCUCCUACCUCUUCUUCUGGGCCCUCCCAGCAGCAUUGA